AGUUCUAAGAGAAAUACAGAAUUAUGAAUACGUAUAAGUCAAAAGCUGAAGACGAAGUUCUCCAGCUUUGACCGGAAUUACGGAGAUAUCUGUAACGCUCCGCGGAAGAAUAUUCCAAGACCUUCUCAGAGUCUGUUAAUGGUGGAGAAGAAUCCAAAUGCACAUUAUUUUUGUAAAAGGGUUAAAAAGUUCCAAGUAUUUAUUACGAGUAUAAGAUAUCGUAAAGAACUAAAAAAAAUAUUUACGAGAAUUAGUUUUAUGGAUGAGCAGCAUUUUUACAGUCUAUGUACUAAAUAAAUAUAUAUUUUAUAUAUGUACAAAGAGAGCUCUUUAGCUAUUCGCCAUCGGCCUGAGGCCAUAACAGCAAAUCGGUGCAUGCGCGCAUACCGCACGUUCUGCGUAUCGGCGCCGGCGGUCUCAACUGUCACUUGUCAGUUGGUCAGUUCACUCGUAGUUUUCAUUUCAUUCUAACAGUAAGACAGCUGUCGAGCGCAGUCGUUCGCUUAUUUUGCCAAUACAGCAUCUUCAUAUUGUCACAUCUCGUGGAACAAUUAUUGCGAGGAAGCUCUUGCGAAUUUGCGUGACUCUUUUUUCGUAUACCUAUAGAUAUCGAUUCGACUAACGCAAGUAGCGCAUACAAUAACCGUCGUAUCAAAAUGAAUAGAACUGAUGAGCAUGGGCCCUUUUUCAAUAAGAGCGGCAAAACGAGUAUACAGAUUAAUGAAUUUACGUACAGAUGGGUGAUAGAGAAUGUUAUUCAUUGUAGGGACGAUCAAAAUGGCGAAUGUAUCUUAUCACCUACAUUUAGUAUGUAUAAUCGCAAUGAUAAGUUCGUGUUCCAAUUAAAAGCAUAUCCAACCGGACGUAAUGAGUAUUACAAUAGUUAUUUUUGUUUGGACCUUAAAGUAAUUUCGUGCCCUACUGGUACGACGAAAGUGGCUGCCGAAAUAUGUAUUAUAAAAGAAAUAAAUAGCCAAGAAGCAAUAUGCAAGACGGAAAAGAUGGUUAAUUUAUUUAUCACACGAGGCGUGUCUGACAUACAACAUGCUUCUUUCCUAAAUAAAGACGUUUUUGACAAGUACCUCUCUGACGACAGCCUCACGAUAAAAUUUCGAAUUCGCUUUCGCAAUAGCAUUACCUACGCCGGAUCUCAAGCCAACCCAGACAGUGCAUCAGCCAUUUCGAAACAGUCGAUCCUAGAAGAUUUCGGAUUACUGCUGAAAGUGCCAAAAUUCAGCGACGUGACAGUCGUCGUGGGCGACAAAGAAUUUCCGACCCACAAGAACAUACUGUCAGCCAGGUGCCGCGUGUUCGCGGCCAUGUUUGAUCACGAAAUGAAGGAGAGCAAAGAGAACGUCGUCAAAUUCGACAAAGAAGAUCCGGUCAUCAUGGCGGAAGUGCUGCACUUCAUUUACACGGGUAACGUCAGGAACAUCGGGAAGCUGGCGACUGAUUUGCUGGCCGCCGCCGACAGGUACCAUCUCGAUGCGCUGCGGCUCAUGUGCGAGGAGGCAGUCAUCGCUAAGCUUUCUCUCGAAAACGUCGGCGAAAUUCUCAAGCUAGUGGAUCUCUACGAGACAACCAGACUGCACAAAUCCGCGAUGACAUUUCUAGCCACUUACGGGAGUGAGUUCGCUGCUACGGAGGAUUACGACGCGAUUAUGAAGUCGCUGUCACCGGCUUCGCUGCUGAAAGUCACUAAAGUCCUGAUGCAGAGGCCUUAAUUCUACUACUGAUAUGUUUAUUAUCGUGUUUGUGCUUACUUCAUAUGUUUAUUCAAUGUUAUUGUUUAACAUUUCUUUUGUUUGUAACGUUCGACGAAUUACUUUACGUGCAUGUGUAUCUUAAAACUC